GGUGGUUCUCUUCCUCACUAGUCUGAAUCCAGUCCAUGCGUCGGUUCAUUUCAUUCAUUUGGAUCUUUUCACUUCAAGAUUCUCUGCAAUUCAACAGGCUGUUCAACAUCUGAAUCAAAUCCCGGAUUUGGAGUAUGAUCUUAAGACCAAUCACUAUAAAAAAAUCUUCUAUGGAAAAACAAGGACAUCAGUUUAUAGCUAGGACAAAGUUCAGUCAGAGGGACACAUUUAGAGAAUCCUGAUCUCAGAAGUGUUUGUCCUAUCUCCUAAAAGAUUUUCAGGAACUUCUGGUCCUGUCCACAUCGAGCAGUUUUCAACCUUCCUUGUGUUGAUCCAAAUAACUCUGGAAAAUGGUUGGAUUUAAACCUGUUGAUGUGCCUCCAUCGGCAGCUGUGAAGUUUUUGGGAGCAGGAACUGCAGCCUGUUUCGCUGACCUCCUCACCUUUCCCUUGGACACAGCCAAAGUGCGACUGCAGAUCCAAGGGGAGGCCAUAGCCUCUUCAGCAGCGGGGAAUGGGUCAGCAGUGAAGUAUCGAGGUGUGUUUGGCACCAUCACUACCAUGGUGCGCACCGAGGGACCCAGGAGUCUUUACAAUGGAUUGGUGGCAGGACUCCAGAGGCAGAUGAGCUUCGCCUCUGUCCGCAUUGGCCUCUACGACUCUGUAAAACAGUUCUACACCAGAGGCUCUGAGAAUGUAGGCAUUGGCGUUCGGCUGCUUGCGGGAUGUACCACAGGUGCCAUGGCGGUUGUGAUAGCUCAGCCCACAGAUGUGGUGAAAGUCCGCUUCCAGGCACAGGCCAGGUCCUCUGGGGUCGCCAGACGCUACUGUAGCACAAUUGAUGCUUACAGGACCAUUGCUAAGGAAGAAGGCAUCCGUGGCCUUUGGAAAGGCACAGCUCCAAACACUUUGCGGAACGCGACGGUCAACUGCACAGAACUGGUGACGUACGACUUCAUCAAGGAAACACUUCUAAAGUCCACGCCCCUUUCAGACAACCUGCCCUGCCACUUUCUAUCAGCCUUCGGUGCAGGGUUAUGCACGACAGUCAUCGCCUCACCUGUCGAUGUGGUCAAGACAAGAUAUAUGAACUCUCCUCUUGGCCACUACAGAAGCGUCUUCAACUGUGCUGCUACCAUGAUGACCAAGGAAGGACCACUUGCCUUCUAUAAGGGGUUCACGCCCUCUUUCUUACGCCUGGGCUCCUGGAACGUGGUGAUGUUUGUGACAUACGAGCAGCUGAAACGGGCCAUGAUGGAAGCAAAUCACAACUGCACAAGAAUUAUGUGAUUUCUGCCCGGUAGAAGGCGGAUGUUGUUGGACAGAUGUUAUGUUUACAGAUUUCUUAGCCUUUAGUUUCUUCCUUUGUGUUUAUUUAAUCAAAGUAUCAAUGCUAUGUAAUACAAAUUGUGCUUUGAUGGAUAAGGGAAAUAAAACUGAGUACAAUAAUCAUAGAUCAUAGGAUAGAAACAAGUGUACUAAAAUGUGAUCGAUAUUUAUCUCAAGGCUUUUUUGAUCAGAUGCUUUCUGUCAGCGGAGAGCUUCUCGGGGAACUGGAUGUCAAAGUGAAUAAUGAGGUCUCCUCUCUGGGAAGGAUCCUGGAACAGCGGCAUUCCCUCUCCAGGCACCACUUUACUGUAUCUAGGGCUGAAACAACAAAUCAGAGACAGGAAAAUUAUUCUUGAUGGAGAUGAGGCACGAAGCCAAAACAAAUCCUUGUAGUGAUGUUCCUGUUUAACUAUAUGGGUGAGGUGAACUAUUUGAAUUGAUCUCUCUCAUUUCUCAUCUCUCCCUGUUCUAAUUUUAAUAUUAAAAAAAACAACAUCCAGCUUUUGUAAUAUCUCAGAUCCAUGUAAAAUGAAUAGUACAAAGAAAAUACAAUAUCACAAGUAUUAGAGAUUUCCACAUUUGCCCCAGUAUAGAAAGGUACUUACUGCACAAUGUCAUUGAUGGGAAUAUUGAUUAGCCUUCCAUCUAUGGUUCGCACACUCACAGAGAAGCCAGUCAAGGCCUAUGGAAGAGGUUUUAUUUGGUUUUAGUGUUUUUUUUUUUAUACCAAAUCUUUAGGUUUAACUCAUAAAGAAACACAUGUUAUAUGACUCACCAUCUCCAGAGAGAUUUGGGUCUCGUUGAUCAGGUCAUCAUCUUGUCUUUCAAACAGAGGAUGACUCUUCUGCCGCACUAUGAAAACAAUAUCUGCAGGGAUGCUGUUGGGUCCCAGCUAUGUAGUCAGAAGAUUAAAAAGCAUGUAAAAAGUAUUUGAUGACAAUCAUUUAAGUGUUCCUAAGUUUACAUACAGUCUAUGUGCCUGAGCGAUUCGAUGCUAGAGAGGAUCUUCUGAGGACACCUACUGGUGGUCCUUUGGAAAUACUACCAUGCCAACUGAAUGAUUAGAUAAACUUCACAAAAAUGUAAUUUGCUUACUUGUUCAUAUUAAACUCGUAUUUUUCUAGUA